AUGCUUGUUUGUGUUGAAAAACUCCUAAAUGACAAAGAGCUUUUUGAUUAUAUCAGUAAACAACUUGAAAACAACGUGGAAGUUAACAUAAAUACUGCAGUCACAACUCAAGAUUCUUCAGAAACUAUUUUAACAAAAAAUGGCUUCCUCAAGGAAUGUAACGGUCUUUGGUAUAAGUACUUCGAGGGAAAAAAAACAUUCAAACUAGCGGUUAGCCAAUGCGAACAAUAUGAAGGCCGACUCAUCUCGACUGGAUAUCGUGAUUUUGAUAUUCGAAGGUCUUUGCUUCAAACUAUCCGUGGCAAGAAUUCGACUUCCAGAUUCUGGAUUGGACUACGCAGAGACAACAUAAAUACGAGUUUGUGGAAUUGGAGUGACGGUAUUCAAGCAACAAAUACAUCAGAUAUAUGGAUAGCUAGGGAACCAAACAACAGAUAUGGUGAAUUGUGUGGGAUGAAUAAAUCUUCUGUAUCGAAAAAUCAAACAGUUAACGACUUAUCGUGCAACGAGGAACUUGCAUAUUUCUGCGAAGUAGAAAUUAAGUAGGAUUGGUCAAAUAGAAGUACCUACGUCGGUGUCUGCAGUUCUUGGAACUGCUGAAUGAAUAACAUACGUCUCUCUGGUCUCUGUGACAAGAUAUAAGUUACUUGUACUUUU